CCCCGCGACGGACCUGAUUAAAAUAUACGUACAUGUUUUAAAGUGCAUGUAUUAAGACUUCGAUUUCAUUGUCUAAACACAUUAUAGAAUAGUUACAAUGUAGUUUGCGUGUACACGUCACGUGACCUCUCUUUGUGAAGAAGUUUGGUUCUGAUGAGAACCAGGGGUGAGAUGUGAUCUAAACGGUUCGACUUGUGUACCCGAGUCUUCAGAAUAUUUCUCAAGCACAGUGCACACUUAAUCAGAAAAUGUUCACAAGCCAACAUGUCCAAGGAUGUAUAUGCAGAUAAUUCUUGCUUGUCACAACAAUUUGUUAAUAAUAAGCAGUACAGUUGCUCAGCAGCUCAAGUGUCCAAAAAAAUGCUGGUCUUAAGUUCCCCCGCAAACAGUUAUUACUUGAGAAAGUUUUUUUUAAGGUGUGCGAGUAAGAUAAUUCAAAGUAGAACAAACAGGAACUUAGCUUCAAAACAAACGCACACAAAAUCCUAGUCAAAAGCCGAGCCAUCUUCGCUUUUGUAAAGCAAUUAGGCAUUGCAAUAAUAAUAGUAAAAAACCUGAACAAUAUGGUAUGUUAGAAAUCGUCAUUUACACGAACAGGUCUAGUAAUGAGUUACUACAAGUUAACAAUGUUUAUCUUGCUUGAAGAAGUGUCAUCAGACAUAUAUGUUCAAUAUUGCCGCACAUUUUUGACGAAAAUAAAUACUGAGAUUAAGGCGGAAGGAAGAUCAUUUUGACGUGUUUAAAUUGCAUUGUCUUCAUUAAUUCCCCGAAGGCGGUGUUCGGGCCAGGCAGUCGAAAUCAAAAGCCGAGAGAGAUAAUUACAUUCGAGACAACCGGAGAUUAGUGACUUCCUCUCGUAUACCGGGGCAAAGACAAAGUCCACGGCGGGCGACUCCGGUACGGCGCGCUCGGUGACUUUCCCCUGCGAUCUGGCGACACGCAUCGCGGCGAGCGUGGCGAGAGGUUGUGCUUUGGCUUUUGUCGUGUACAAUGUAUACAUGUAAGUGAAAUUGUACCUUGAGUGGACGACCGAGUUAAGGAUGAUCGGACGCCCGCAGAUUUUUUUUAAAGUCUCCUACAGCAUGAUUCAACGAUCACGAUUAUAGUGCCAUAGACGUUCUCUGAAGAAAAAAAAGAUAUCUGGAGAAGUGAGGCAUUGAUUGGACUACAUGUAAUUGUGUCACCGUUUUCGCCCACGGAGAUGAAAAACAGGACAUAUAAAAAGAUUUGUUGACAUCUUCGGAUUUCAUUCGUUGAUCCAUGAACUUUGGCGAUCGUGCAGACCUUUUUCAUAUUUCACGCCGUUAAUUUGGCUCAUCACCGACUAUUUAUCGUUCUCUCUUACACGAAAGAGUUGAUUUGUACAAAUGUAGUACGAUACGACGAUACUCCGCUUGAUCACACCACGUCACUUUGCUUGAAAUCAGGAGUAAGCCAGCAGUUUCUCCCGAAGUUAUCUGCUUCACAUAUAUUAAACUUGACACCAAAUGUGAUUAGAGAUCCAGACGACAACGGCUCGAUUAGUGCUGACGAACAAGCGUGCGUGAAGUUGAUUAAACGUAUCGCAUUCACAGAUACCGAAUUCAUCAUGACUGCAUGUCCCAUUCUCUCGCACUUGAUUCUCCCAUGAGUUGACUCUAUGUACAAACACUGCGUGAGGCAUUAAACUGGCAGUGAGUGAUAAAUACGCGGUGAUUUAUUCAGCUGUCCGCUGACCGAAAAAAGAGUAUUUUUCUUGUGUAACUGCGACGAAGCCCGCAUCCACUGCCUGUCUGCGAGAGUUCAUUUGUAACGCCACACGCCAUUAGUCAGAGAUAAUCGAUGUACAAGUCAACACCCGUUGAUAUGUUAACAGUAUUUUCCUCGGAAUGAUCCUACUUUCAUUUUCCGUUUACCGUGUUGCGAUGUACUUUGCAUAUGUCUGCGGAAAAUUCAACAGUAAAUUCAGCUUAAUGCUUUUGGUACCAUAUUUCGUCACCCACGCAGAAAUUUGUUUGACUAUUUCUCUGUGUAUGGCGUCAGACUUCGACUAUCUGCCAGUGCCGUAAUGUUUGAGCUGGACCUAGACCCGCUAGAAAUGGAAGCCAUGAAUUCCGGGGAGUCAUCGAUGUACUGUCAGAACCUGACGGUCCUGAACAAGACCAACGAGAUGGCGGCUAGAAUGCUGCUGUAUGACGCGACAUCUUCUGGACUCAUUACAAUCGCCCUGCCCAUCAUUGGCACCAUCGGCUGCCUGAUCAACGCUUCGUUCCUCUUCGUCGUGUUUCGCAUCCGUCGCAUGCGGACCAUCACCAAUGCCUACCUGUGCAACCUAGCCGCGUCUGAUAUACUGUUCCUUCUGACUGCCACCGCCGCCGGCUCGCUCCAGUACCACUCCUCCCCGGUCAACUUCGACAAGUACCAGACUGGUAUUGCCGGCUGCGUCCUCUUCAACUUCCUCAUCUACACAUUCUUCUUCGCCUCCAUCGCGUUGGUCACGCUGGUCUCCUUAGAGCGGUACUACGCCAUCUGCAGCCCCUUGAAGCAGUGGCUGAUCAGCGGUAAGGCGCGCACGGCUAAGCUUCUACUCGUCACCUGGAUGAUCUCGGCCAGCAUGGCGGCUCUCAACGUGCCGGCCUUCAUCGUUCUGAAGCCCCUCUGCGUGGACUGGCCUGACACGGAAGACUUCCAGGACUUCCCGGACAUCGUGGGCGAUUGCAAGCCCGUCACGCCUUGGUUCACCCAGGUCUCCUGCGUCUCCCGCAUGAUUCCCUUCUUCGUGGCCAUGAUAGGCAACAUCUACAUGUACUCUCGCAUCAUCCUGACCCUCAAGCGCCGCUUCAUCGUAAACCCGAAUGACGCAGCAGCCAGCGGUCAGGCCAUCAACCACGUGCAGAGCGUCCGGAGACAAGUCUCUGCCAUGCUGAUCGCCACUGGCACGGCCUUCUUUCUCUGCCAGGUCUCAACACAGGUCUACGUUCUGCUCGGGAUGGUCACCAGUCUCACCGGAAUCCGGUUCUUCUCCCCACAGCAGCGCGUGGUCAUCCUCUGGAUCAACCGCAUGCUCCUGUAUGCCAACUCCACCAUCAACCCCAUCGUGUACAACGUGACCAACCAGCGCUACCGGAGUGCCUUCAACACGGCUAUAAUUCACUGCGACACCCACAUGACCACCAGACAACGAGGUAGUCGUAGGCCGUACAUGGAGAGAGGCGACACGGCACAACAGACCAUACACACCUCGCUCAUGUGAAUCUAUACACGUAAAGCUCCAAAACUCUCACCAAGUGCGUAUAGCACGGCCCAUAUUACAAAGUGCCUGAAUCCAUUUUAGGAGAACUCUCUUGGGAUUGUAUCCGACAGAAGCCAAGAACAUUCGUAUCACGAGUUGAAUCUUACAUUUUAGAUAGUGGCGGGAGUAUGUACUAUGUAUGGUUUGCAAUUACGUGUAUACUUAAACUACAUAUUAUUGAUAAGGCAGCUUACGUUUGUGUUUUGUAACACGUUGCGUUGUUGGAACCACGACACAAUAUUGAUGUUCCUAAUUACAGAGAUGUUACAAAUUAUCAGAAAGAAAAAAACAAACAAAUAUAUAUAACUAUAUUUAUGUGUACUGUGCACACAGAAAAGCUAUGGGUAACUGUGUAUUGUGACGUAUGAGUGUUUACCUAUGGAUUUUAUUUUAAUACAUGUACUACAAAACAAAAUCAAAAUCUGCUUUAUUUUGACACUAGACAGUGAACAACACAUGUCUUAAAUUAAUGUGGUUAUUUUUUUACGGUGUAAGAUAGUAUGCGCCUAAUACGUGCCUACUACAUAACAAAUUUGACAUUCCACAUUUAUAUUUCCACAUUUAACUGACAAAUAUUGAAGGUUUCAAGUGAUCAGCCGGGUUACACUUGGUCUUCUCAGGACCCAGGGCAGGGGAGAGAGACAUUCGUACCUCCCCUACCCAAGAAAAAUUCUAACCUUCUGUCGAGUUGUCCAGUUUAGUAAAAAAAAAAUUAUAAUAAUACUAAUAAUAACCUUGGCUGUAACCUGUACAUGUACUCUUGCCUUGUUGCUACAAAAGGGGACUUGCACUCGACAACUUGUGCUUUUUGUGGGUUCCCUGUAUCUCUUUGCAGUGUCAGUCUUAUGUAAUGUUUCUGUUUUUCCCUCAAAUUAUAGUAUAUCGGAAUACCAUCUAAGUGUAUGUUUGCUUUGUCUGUGCCUCACGAUGAAAUAAAGUAAAGUAUACAAAGUAAAGUAAAAAGUAAAGGUGUUUUACCCUAUAUCUCGAAUUCACCUGUGUGUGAUUUUGACUCACUAUUUAAUCAACUGAAUUCAGGACAAAGUAACAAUUGGGAAGUCUAUGACUUCUUUGGAUUCACAAUGCAGUAACUGCCAAAAAAAAUGUAUUCAAUGGAAGAAAAUAGUGCAGGAAAAGUAAGGAUCAGGUGAAUAUAUAGUUUUCGCGUCAGUGGAUAAAUAUAUGUACAGUAUUUUAAAAAGUGUAAACUUUCAUUUUACCAGAAUACAUCGCAGUCGAAAACCUGGCCGUGUUGCUUUGCCUAUUAAAGGUGAAUUCAAGAAGUUUGAGAACAAAAGAGUGUUUUUUUUUAAUAACAAAGUACAUGUAGGCGUACGUGUUUACCAUUUAUUUAUAUGAAA